UAUUUUUGGUUUCAUUCGAAUUUUCAAACUCAGUCAGUUCCUUGAGAUUACUCGGUCGGUUCGGAGCUUAAAACAUUUCAGCCUUCAGUACACACAGUUUUAUUGUACAAUUUCAUCGGUUUGCUAUUAUUGUUGCAGUGUUUGGACAAGAAACAAAUUGACGAAUUCAGUAGAUGAAUCAAAUUUGAAGUUUUAAAAACAAUUUUUAGAAUGAUCCUGAAGUUUGGAGUAAUACUCGUGAUACAUCUAAUCUGCAGUCAUUAUUCAACAUAUGCAUAUGAUGACGGCAGCUAUCAUCCCGACAGCAGAGGUCAAUACAGACCUGAUGAUAGAGGAAGAUAUAUUCCAGACAACAGAGGAUAUUAUGUCCAUCAGCCAGGACCAGAUGGACCUCCUGCUCCGCCUUACGUGCACGUAGUUGGACCUAAUGGAGGCUUUGGUGGAAACGGAGGCUUCGGUGGAGAAGGAGGAGUCGGUGGACGUGGUGGCGAUGGACCGGGAGGACCCAAUGGACCAAAUGGCCCGAAUGGACCUCCAGGCCCACCAGGACCCAAAGGUCCUCCAGGACCAAAAGGUCCGCCGGGACCACCUGGACCACCAGGACCGCCAGGACCUGAUGGAAAGGGACCACCAGGACCGCCAGGACCAACCGGACCACCAGGUCCCAAAGGUCCAACUAGACCAGGACCUCCAGGCCCACCAGGUCCGCCAGGGAACACACUCCUACCUCCAACUGGACCUCCUGGACCACCUGGACCAGACAGUAAGGGACCUCCUGGACCACCUGGCCCGCCCGCACCAGGUCCACCAAGUAGAGAUACACCAGGCUCGGAAUCAUCGCCUCCACACGUAAAGCUGGGAUACAACUAUGAGCCGCCAUCAAAACCAGUUAAAGGUUCGGAAUCAAAGCGAGGAUACAACUAUGAGCCGCCACCUCAAGAUGCUUUGAUCGAAUAAUGAAUGGAAUCGUAUCGGCGUAACAUGGAACCGAUAUUACCCGUAGAUAAUUGAUAAAAUAUUAUAUAAAUUAUAAGUUAUUAUUAUGUGACUUCUUCAAGUAGUAGGAAAUAUUAAGCGCUUCAGAAUGAGUUCUGCAAAAAAAAUAUUUUUGUUUCGUGGAAAUCGAAAAACGAAUUCCUUUCUGGCAAACUUAAGUGCUAAGUGAAAAAAAAUAUUUAAUUUUGUGACGAAAACUUUACCUACAAUUUUGUAUUAAAGAGAAUACCUUUUUGAUAAAA